UUUAAAAACAUUUUGCAAUAAAUACAGGUUCUACAACAAAUAUAGUACCUGGGGAUUUACCUUAAUGUAAGAAUAAUACCCGAAUUAGUCACUAAAUACAGCGAACGUGUAUAUAUACGCUUUAACAAAGUGAUCGUUUAUUAAGAUAUAAAACAUCUAAGGCGUCAGGUUUUUACGUUUAAAAGGAUCAAUUCACUGACAAACACCAUGACGUCAUCAGGACAGGUGAUAGAUGAUGAUAGAAUAUCUCGUAUAUCAGUUGCCAGCAACGCUGUAGCCGCUAUACCGAAGAGUGAUCUGACAGAAACUAAAAGUUAUGCAGCGCCACCACAAGCUGUAAAAGAUGUAUUGGAAGCUGUGAUGAUUUUAGUAGGAUACAAAGGGGCUGAUUUGGACUGGAAAAACAUAAAGAAGGUCAUAGGGGGAACACAAUUUUUGAAGACCAUCGGAGAUAUCGAUUAUGAAAAGAUUUCACAAGAAACUCGUGCGAAGGCUAUGAAUAAAGUGUCUGAAUAUUCUCACGAAAGUAUUAAGGCAAUAAGCAGCGCGACAACAAUAUUUUAUGAUUGGGUUAUAGCAGUAGCUAAGGAAUAGCAGAGUGAUGUGUUUCACAGAAAACUUGCAAUAUUGAAAUUUCACUGCGGAAGCUUACAUACAUUGGCACCCAAGGACAUUCGUGUAAUAAAUGCGAAAUUAUAUUAUGAUGACGACAUUCAUAAAAACAACAAUAAUUCUUACAACCGCUCCACUUUUCAUUACACAUUAAUAUUUUUGUACCAUUUCUAUAAUUUAAUGUAAUCUAACACAUGUUUCUAUUUUAAUGUUUGUUAUUCUGCGUAUAAGAAACUGUUGCAUAGCAACAACAAAGAUGACGAUCAACCCAUCUUAAUUUUAUAUUUUGAUUAAGUCUUUCUUGUCAUAAAAUGUGAUAAAUUCUGUAAUAGUGCAAUAAAGAGUUUUUCAAUGAAA